CUUGUUCUGCCUCGGGCACAAAACUCACAUGCCCCUCCCUACCUCCUUGGAACUAGCACACAUCGACCCCUUGAAGAUUCCGUGGGGAUUGCAGAAGGUCUCUUCUUCCUCCAACUGUACUCCGGACGACUUAUCGUGUUCCAUCUGCUUUAUCCCAUACAGCCCUUUCUUGACUCGCCCUCGGGCUACCCCGCACCUCGAUUCCACCGACUUCUUCUUGGCCUUACCGGCUGGUCGCGACCAUCCAUCGGCCCCUCCUCCGAUGAUAUGGACACCAAUGCGUUGGUCGAUCUCGUUCACGAGGCGCAAGGUCGGUUGUGGGUUGACAAGGUAAACGAGACCCACCAAACGGGCCGUCUCUGCCAGUGGGUGUCGACGUUCCAUCCCGAACAGCUUACCUGUCAACUCGACGGUACCUUCCAUCAUGGCUCCUUCAAUGCGGGCAUGAAGAUGGUUUUCAGUGACAGUACCGCCUGGAUGGUCCGCUUCCCUCGUGGGGGAAAGGUCUGCGAGGACUACAUGGACGAGAAGGUUUCCAUGGAGGUGAUGGCGUUGCGUCUUCUCCGCAACAAGACGACCAUUCCCGUUCCGGGAGUCCAGGCGUGGGGCCCCGCCUUCAGCAACCCACUCGGUCUGGGCCCGUUCAUCAUCAUGGAUUUCAUCGAUGGAGUAAGUCUGAGUGACCUGCUCCGGGACCCCAACGCCGAGCGCCCUAGCAGGGUCAUGCGGGGGGAUAUCCACAAUGCCGAUGUAGAGGUUAUUUACCGCCAGUUGGCGAACUUUUUGCUUCAGCUCUUCAAACUUGAUUUUGAUCGGAUCGGUAGCCUGCCGUCGCCGUCACCCCAGGGUGAAGCCCAUGGUCCCAGUCCUGCAUUCGCACGGCCAUUGACAUUCAAAGCACAUAAUAUCCUACAAAAUGGGGGUGUUGAUACUUUCGGCGACCGAUCUCAGGGGUUCGCCACGACAACCGAAUAUUUCCAGUACGUCAUCUCCCAGGACUGGGCGCAGCUUUUACAACAGCCGAACUCUACUGUUGGUCCCUACGACGCUCAAAACAAAUAUGUGGCAUUCAACGUCCUCCAAGCCCUGGCACCAGACUUGGUCAACCCAAACUACGACCAUUGCAAAUUCAAGCUGAUAUGUGAUGACCUCGGCCUGGCGAAUUUGAUUGUCCGUAGCAGAGAAGACCUGACUGUCGUGGGGGUGGUGGAUCUCGAGUGGUCAUACAUCGGACCCGCGCAGCUGGCUGGAUCAGCGCCGUGGUGGCUUCUCCAGGAUAGGCCCGUCAACAGCGUGUGGGACUGCAAGGGCGACGAGCCGCCGGAGAUUGCCGCCCGGUACUUCAAAUGUCUGGAUCUUUUCAUCCGGAUCUUGGAGGAGGAAGAGGCUAAAAUGCCAGGAUGCGAGGACCGAGAACUCUCCGGCCUUGUCAAGUGGUCGCAGGCAUCCGGGGCCAUGUGGCUGCACAUGCUCAUCUCCUCUGGCUUCAACGACCAUCGCAGCUUUCCUUUUACACAGCUGCGCCAGCACCUGGGGCCUGAGUGGGCAAAGCGCGAGACGGAAUUUGACAACAUAGCGGAGCUUGAGUCGUUUGCAGAGCGGAAAGUGCAGGAGUUAGGCAUGUAUGAUGAAGCCUUGGAGCAAAUGGAAGAGAGCAAAGCGCUCAUGGAGAGUGGGGGUAUGACACUGGAAGAGUUUGUUGCCAGCACUUCAAUAGGGGAAGGUAGUAUUCCCCGUUCAUCGUCUGCCUUGGUGAGCAAUCAUACGGACAAUGAGGCGAACAACGAUCAAGGGCUGUUGCAUAGGGUGGCCGCCUGGCUUCUCUCGCAAGCUGCAAAGUGGAUCGGGUGA